CAGGUUGAAUCCUAGUCUAUGGAGCCCACGCUGAGUAACCAUCUUCGAGCAGUCUCGUCGUCUAAGCUGAACAUUAUCUGCUACGAAUUUCAGCCAUUCUUCGUACCAUUCUUCCGGAGGAGUUCUCGGUGGUGCCUCAGACAGCCUAAGCUCCGGCUCGUCCAGGCAUUAUCGUCCAAGCGCCGCGUUCGCGUCGGAUUCAUUGCUGCUCGCGGAACUCGCUCGCUAGGAUCACGAGCCUGAAACAGCUAACUUUGGUUCGUUCUUGUGUUUGAUUCGAGCUAGCGGCGAUUGCGACGGAGUGCAUGCUCUCCCUCAGGCCUUACUCUGUACGAGAACAGUACCGAGGUAGCUUUAAAUAGUACUGAGGUAGCCUUAAAUAGUACUUAAUAGUGCCUGAACCACUUCUUACGAAGCUGCGAUGUCAGGACACGAGCAGAUCGAUUUCCCUGGUGCUGCCACGUCAGCAUCAGCGGGUAGAUCCGGACCGCUUAGCGUGGCUGUGAGGGAUCUGACGGGAUCUCAGGUGUCAGUGGAUGCGACGUGCGACAUGCGAGUGGGCGAUCUGAAGCGUAUCGCUGCUGCGACAAUGAAUAAGGACGCGUCGCUGAAACACGUGAUAUUCCACAAAGGCGCUCGCCUCAAGGACUCCACCCGAUUGGCCGACGUUCCAGGCCUCGUCCAGCCAUCAGCAUCUAGCUCUGCCCCUGGACCUACUCACGGCCCUACACAGCCGGCAGAUUUCCUCGUGCUGAUGAGCUUUCAGCGCAAGGAGCAGCGGAUGGGACCCUUGAAGCCAUGGCAGCAUGGGGUGGGCAAUCAGGCAAGCCCUUCACAUGCUGCUGAUGGUGCGUCUCUAUCAACCCCAGCGCCGCAGCUCCCUACAGUGCCACUAUCACAGGCGAAACCAUCGUCAGAACCACCAGCAGCACCACCAGCAGCACUACCAGCAGCACCACCAGCAGCACCAGCAUCAGUGCAAGCGUCACCAGGUCAGUCAUCAGCAGCACAGCCGCCAGGCUCCUCGUCUCCACCAUCGCCAUCCGUGCUCGCAUCCCCCCCUCGCUACCUUCCCUUCCACACUCCUCGCACACAUCAGCUUGAUCCACGUGGCGCUGACGUGGCUGAUGGCAUGGUGGAGAGCGAAGGAGACGCGGUGGGGAGUGACAGAAGGGAGGGGAGGGAGAGCAGGGAGGAGAUGGGGAGCAUGCAGAAUGUGGCUACAGAGAGUCAUGGAGGCAUGGGGAAUGCUGGGCAGACUGGCACCAGUGCAGGCAUGGGGAAGAGCGCAGGCGCGGGUGAUGGUACAGGCGCAAGGGAUGGCACGAGCAUUGGGGAUGGUACAGGCGCAAGGGAUGGCAUGUGCAUUGGGGAUGGCACAAGCGUGGGGACAGGCGAAGGCCUGGAUGGUGGUGGCGUGGCGAAGACGGCCCAGAGGCGUGGAGGGCGGAAGAGAAAGGCUGAGCCGGCAGAGCAGCAGGCAGCAGGCAGGCAGGGGUUGCCUCCCAACGUUGCGGUUCUGGACAGCAAGUUUGGGCUGCUGGCAGCAGUGUAUGGCUUCCUGGAGCAGCGGUCAGUCAAGCCCACGUGGAGGCGGCUGGAGGGCGCACUGAGGGACCUCAGGAGUGGAGCAGAGGGCGAAGCAGUCACUCUUCAGGACAUCAGAGACAUGGCAGUGUUGGCCCCUUCUGUGGUCUGGAUGUGGGAGGAGGAAGACGAGGAGGGGGGAGAGGAGGAGCAGGAGGGGGCAGGCAGAGCGAGUGGGGGAGUUGAGGGAAUCGGCGGGCAGAGAAGAGGAGGGGAGGGAGCAGAUGGAAGUGGUUGGGUUGUGGUGGUGGGCAUGUGGGACCCGUCUCGCCCUCCGGAGCAGCAGAUCAGGCGAGGAGGCAUGCUGCUGCAAGGUGCUCAGCAGCGCACACCUCAUCGCAGCGCAGUCAGGCUAGCAGACAAGCGGAGAGGCGCCUUCCUCACUGCUCUUACUGCCGCCCUCCACCGCAUCCAUGCAGACUUCCUCGCCCACAUCCAACCGACCACAUCCCACAUCCGCCAUCCCACACGGCCUGCUGUUGCGUUGACUCAAAAUCAGACCACCACACGGGUCGAUCCUGCCAUUGCUGCUGCUGACAUGGGCUGUGCCAGCCGGGGCUUGCGAGGAGAGGAGAGUCAAAACGGGGCAGCUGGCGCAGGGGAGGGGGGGGACGAGGCGUUGCAGGGAGAGGAGGAGGAGGGCAGUGCAUUGCCGGGCGAGGAGGAGGGCGAGGAAGAGAAUGGCAAAGGAAAGGAGGGGGUUUCGAAGAAGGGGCGCAAGGGUGUGAAGCAGAGUGCAGGCAGCGUGGCAUGGCACGCUGACUUCCCGUUUGAGGACAUCUCUGUCUCCACGCUGCUGGCUGAAGCUGCCUCCCUGCAAUGCACGCUCGACGCUGAUGCUCAUGCUGAUGCCGAUGUGGAUGCUGGUGUGCUUGGCUGUAGUGGAGGUCAGGGGAAGGACGGGAAGGGAGGGAGGUCAGAGCAGCAGACGAAGGCACAUGAGGGGAGGAAAGGCAAGCUGCGGCGGACAAAGGGGGCGUCUGAGAAUAGUGGCCAACAGGCGGAGGGGGGUGGGGCGAAGGGAAGCGACGAUUGUGCUUCGGGUUGUGAAGGGGACGAAGGGUGCGAGGCCGAGGCAGGCAUGCCGUUGCAGCGCUACCUGCCUCCUCAUCCACCAAGGCAACUCAAGAAAGUACCUCCUUGCAAUAGCACAGAGCCCAUGGCAGCACAGCAGCUGCUGGAGCAUCUCAAGCAGGGCCUUGGGUCGCUGGGGCAGGUGGUGCACUGCGAGCAGCUGCCGCAGAGGAACGCCUGCUACCGGGAGCUAGCCAGCCAAUUGUGCCCUGCCACGUGGCAUGCCCUGGCUCGUCUGGGCGUCUCUCGGCUCUACUCCCACCAGGCGAAGGCCAUCGAUGCGGCACUGGCCGGGCAGCAUGCAAUCAUUGCGACAGCUACAGCCAGUGGCAAGUCGCUGUGCUACAACGUGCCUGUCAUUCACACUCUGCUCUCUCAUCCCCACGCCUGUGCUCUCUACCUCUUCCCCACUAAGGCUCUGGCCCAGGACCAGCUGCGAGCGCUACACGUGCUGGUGGGGCGGGAGGGGGGAGACGCGAUGGCAGAUGACACGGGAAGAGAAAGCGGAGCGGUGCUGGGGGUUGGCGAGAGGAUGGGAGCUGAUGUGGCAAGAGAAGGGGGAGCUGACGUGGCGGGGGGGGAGCAGAAAUCUGAUAGCGUGCAUGUGUGUGGUGGCAGUGGUACGAGUGUGCAUGGGCAUGCAUCACUUGAUGCACGGCUAAGGCAGCUGGGAGAGGGGAUGGCGAUCUAUGAUGGCGACACGGGCCACUCUGCAAGGAGGGCCAUCAGAGAGAGGGCUCGACUGAUCCUAUCGAAUCCCGACAUGCUGCACGUCACCAUGCUGCCUGGCCAUCGGGACUUCAACCGAUUCCUCUCCAACCUUUGCUAUGUGGUGGUGGAUGAGGCGCAUGCGUACAGGGGCGCGUUUGGCUGCCAUGCGGCGCUCAUCUUCAGGCGCCUGCGACGGCUGUGCGCACACGUGUACGGCUCAGAUCCAAUCUUCAUAGUGUGCUCUGCUACGUGUGCGGAUCCUAGGGAGCACGUGCACGCGCUGCUGGGCCUGGAUGAGGUGGAGGUGGUGGAUGCAUGUGAUGACGGCAGCCCCUGUGGCGACAAGAGCUUUGUGCUCUGGAAUCCGCCCAUCACCAUGCCGCCUGCCGCACGGCCCCUUCGCCGCAGCUCACGAAGGCAGACUCCACGAGUGCUGCAACCUGCCGCUGCUUGCGAGCAUGUCAUGAUGGCCAAGCGUGCCAGCCCCAUAGUGGAGGUGGCGCUGCUGCUAGCGGAGAUGGUGCAGCAUGACACCCGGUGCCUGGCGUUUUGCAAGACCAGGAAGCUGUCUGAGCUCGUGCUCACAUACACCAAGGAGGUGCUCAAGGAGAGGGCUCCGCACCUCGUGGACACAGUCCUGGCAUACCGCGCAGGGUACACUGCUCAGGACCGGCGGCACAUAGAGAGGGAGCUCUUCCACGGGCGGUUAAGAGCUGUGGCAGCCACGAACGCUUUGGAGCUGGGGGUAGAUGUGGGGGCGCUGGACGCCACGAUCCACCUGGGCUUCCAGGGCUCCACUGCCAGCCUCUGGCAGCAGGCGGGGCGGGCGGGGCGCAGGGAGAAGGCGUCGCUCUCCAUCUACGUCGCCUUCGACGGCCCCCUCGACCAGUACUUCAUGGCUGUUCCCUCGAGGCUCUUCGCACGGCCAAUCGAGCGCUGCCAGCUGGACUGCGCGAACCCCCUGGUGAUGCGGCAGCAGCUGCAGUGCGCCGCGGCCGAGCUGCCCCUGUUGGAAUCUGUGGAUGAGAGGUUCUUCGGCCCCUCAUUGGUGGGGAGGAUUGCUGAGCUGGCACGGGAGGGGGUGCUGGGGAGGAGUCCGGAGAAUCCCGAGGUGGAUCGCAGCUGGAGGUAUAUUGGGGCAGGGAAGCGGCCGGCACGGUUUGUCCCGGUGCGGGCGAUCGAUCCCAACACGUAUGCUGUGGUGGAGGCGAGAACGGGGCGGGUGCUGGAAGAGAUUGAAGAGAGCAAAGCGUUCUUUGCGCUGUACGAAGGCGCAGUGUACCUGCAGCAGGGACGAACCUUCCUGGUGACUUCCCUGGACCUGGAGAAAAGGGAGGCGCGUUGUGUGCGGGCAGAUGUGCGCUAUUACACCAAGACGAUUGACAUGGUCACCGUGACUAUAAAGGGGGGAACACUGGCUUUCCCCUAUCCGCACAUGACAUCAGCAAAGCCGGCUCCUGCUGAUUUGACGUCAGCACACAUGGUACCCUGUGAGGCGAUGACCUCAGCAGCACAUGCAGUCCCCUCGGAGGGUGUGACAUCAGCACAGACAGCACCACCCUCCGAGGGAAUGACGUCAGCACAGGGAGCACCAUGUGAUGUGAUGUCGUCAGCACAGACGGCACCGUGUGAGGUCACCACUCGGUGGAUAGGGUACCGCAAGAUGUGGCGGGGAUCAGGGGAGCCGUUUGAAACGGUGGAGAUGACACUGCCAGAUGUAACGUACGCCACCCAGGCGGUGUGGGUGGGAGUGGCGGGUGGGACAAAGGCGGCAGUGGAGGCAGCAGGGAGCGACUACCGAGCCAGUCUGCACGCUGCUGCGCAUGCCAUAGCCAACAUGGUGCCGCUCUUCCUCGCGUGCAUGGCAUCGGACAUGGGCGUGGAGUGCGCCUCGCCCUACGACUCCCGCUUCUUCCCACAGCGCCUCCUGCUCUACGACAAGCACCCGGGGGGGAUAGGCUUGGCAGUGCAGCUCCAGCCUCUCUUCCCCUUUAUAAUCCGUGCUGCACAUGAGCUGGUAACCAAGUGCCAGUGUAACAUGCCCAAUGGUUGCCCUGGGUGUGUACAUUUUCUUGCGUGUGGAGAGUACAACGUUGUACUGGAUAAGAAAGGAGCUCAAAUUAUCUUGAAGAUGGCAUUGGAUUCAGAGGCGGCCUUUCAGAGUCACAUAAAUUCCCACUCAUUGCAGCAUUGUGUCGGAGGCUUCAAUAAGGGGAGGUUAUUGUGAGUUGUGAAUACAUAUGUGGUGUUAUUCUACAUGCUUUGACGGAGUUUUUGAAUGUAACAGCAUCUACACUCGGGAUUGGAUCGUUCGAAGGCCAGCUUGUGGUUGUGGGCUUCCUUGUCGGGUGUGUAGUGUCGGUCGGUUUUGAU